AGAACAAUAAAUGCUCAAUAUUAACAAAAGCAUAUUUAAAUACAGAAAGCCAUAAAGAAGUAAGUCAGAAUCACCCACUCACUCACUCUCCAGGGGUAUUCACUGACACUAUCUCGGAGCUGGGCGGUGGUCGUGGUGCCCUUGACCCCUGUGUGGAGGCCAUGCUCACCACAUGACUGGAUCGUACCUGGUAAUUUUCCCUGCAGCUGCCUGCAGGGAGAGGCUGUGCUGUUCACGGGAGUGAUCUAAUCUGCGUGAUGUAAGUUACAAGUCUCAUUAUAAAUCAAUCAAUUCAGUCGCUAUUCAAAAAAAGCUGCAGAUCUGCUGUGCUGAUGAGGAAGGAGCCCUGGGAUGAUGUUGCGUGACCUGCUGCUGGCCCAGGCAAGACAGAGAUAAAUCAGCUGGGCUCCUCAUUCCUCCUCUGGAGUCAGUGCCAAUCAUACUUCAGUAGGUUAUUGAUUGACUGAGAACAAGACUUUAGACAGGAAAUGUAUUAAAGACUAAAAGAUUGUUACGUUUGGUGCUAAUACAACAAAUGAGGAAAGCAUUAGAGUGACUUUAAUCUCAUCAAACAUCUUCAUGUUAAAAGAAGACACGCUUUCUUUGAACUUGAGAAGCACACUCUGGACGGUUAACAAAGAACCAUCAAGGGAGUCCGUUCCGCCUCUGCCGGCUUCGAUGAGCCUAACGGGAGCGGGUGGGGCCGGUUCCAGGCUGACGUCCCUUCUGCGCAGGGACUCCUUCCCACUGGAACCCUGGCUCUGGGAGGUGCUCUUUGCCUCAAGGACUAGUGCCUUCGUUGGGUCAGAAAAGCCAGGAUACCCCUGCUUGUUUGUGGCAGAGACACAAGAGUCAGCGGCUGAACUCCUAAGGAAGCGUGAGCCUUCCAGACCCGCUCUGUCAACCAGAUCUAACUUGGAAUAAGAAGAAACUGGUGCCCGAGAGUGCAGUGUCCAGUCUCUACAUGAAGCUCAAGUGAAAGGAUACGGGUGCCAGGGCCCCACAUCCACGGACAGAAUGACCAAGACCCGGCUCUUCCGCCUGUGGCUGGUCCUGGGCUCUGUCUUCAUGAUCCUCCUGAUCAUCGUGUACUGGGACAACGUGGGCACCGCCCACUUCUACCUGCACACUUCCUUUUCCAGGCCGCAUGCCCUGGAGCCCCUCCCGACCCCCGGGCAGGGGGAAGAGAAGGAGUUCACGUCAGACGUGGACGAGUUUUUGGAGAAGCUGUUCAGUGCCGGCAUGAAGCAGAACGUCCUUUCCGGUAGAAAGACAGAGCAGCCCUCCCAGCUGGCCUCCAGCAGGCCUGUGCUGAGCAACAUGGAGGAGAGGGUGAGGGGCUACGACUGGUCCACCCACGACGCCCAGCAGAGCCCAGACCUGGACAGGCGGCAGGCCGAGAGGAGGAGCGUGCUGCGGGAAUUCUGCGCCAACGCGAGCUUCGUGUUCCCCACCAAGGAGCGCUCCUUCGACGACAUCCCCAACUACGAGCUGAAUCACCUCAUCGUGGACGACCGCCAUGGGGUCAUCUACUGCUACGUGCCCAAGGUGGCCUGCACCAACUGGAAGCGCGUAAUGAUUGUCCUGAGCGAGAGCCUCUUGGACCAGGGCGCCCCCUAUCGCGACCCCCUGGACAUCCCCCGGGAGUACGUCCACAACUCCAGCACCCAUCUCACUUUCAACAAGUUUUGGCGUCGCUACGGGAAGUUCUCCCGCCACCUCAUGAAGAUCAAGCUGAAAAAGUACACCAAGUUCCUCUUUGUGCGGGACCCCUUUGUCCGCCUCAUUUCGGCCUUCCGCAGCAAGUUUGAGCUGGAGAACGAGGAGUUCUACCGGAAGUUCGCCAUCCCCAUGCUCAAGAUGUACUCCAACCACACCAGCCUGCCCGCGUCAGUCAGCGAGGCCUUCAGCGCAGGCCUCAAGGUGUCCUUCGCCAACUUCAUCCAGUACCUGCUGGACCCCCACACCGAGAAGCUGGCGCCCUUCAACGAGCACUGGAGGCAGGUGCACCGCCUCUGCCACCCCUGCCAGAUCGACUACGACUUUGUGGGCAAGCUGGAGACCCUGGACCAGGACGCGGCCCAGCUCCUCCGGCUCCUCAAGGUGGACAAGCUUCUCCACUUCCCCCCGAGUUACCGGAACAGGACUGCCAGCAGCUGGGAGGAGGACUGGUUUGCCAAAAUCCCCCUGGCCUGGAGGCAGCAGCUUUACAAACUCUAUGAAGCAGAUUUUGUUCUCUUUGGCUACCCCAAGCCUGAAAACCUGCUUAGAGACUGAAGGCAUUAGGGGAAAAUCCCCAACACCAAAAAAAAACCCUGCUCGUGUUGUUACUUUAAAACCGAACGAAGGGUCUGCUGUACCACGACCAUCUUCUGAGGAUGGUGAUGGGUCGCCACAUGUAUUUUUUUAUGGCUUCUUUUCCCUCCCCGUUUGACACAUUGCAGAAUUCCACAAUGCUCCUGUUGACGAGGCAGCUGGGAACUCCCCACAACCACACCCACACUCCAGUUUUUAAACUAACGUACAAUUUUGCAAUCUAGACUGUUUACUCCACUGCCUAUCAUUCAUUGAGUACUGUGUUAAUAUUGUUUUUUAAGAUUAAUAUAUUUCAGAUAUUUAAUAUGAAAAGUGGAGAAGGAAAUGAUGGAGUAAAAUGUUACGUCUGCU